AGAAUAAACUGUGCGCACCUUUUGCCAUCAACCAUUAACAGCUUGCAAAUUGUGGCCAUUCAGUGUUCACUAUUCUGCUGAAUAAGUCCAAAGUAAAGCUCAGACUGUGCAUUUGUGCAGAGCGGUUGUGUGUUACCAGGCAAAAUGACCGACGAAGAAAAGGAUUUGAGACUACCUUGCCACAUUAUUCCAGUGAAGACUCCAUUGCCAGACAAAUUUGACUGCUAUGUCCUUGUGUGUGAGAAUCUGGAGUGGAGUAACCAAGACUGGGAUUUUUUGAAGACCCCAAUCUUGGAAGCAGCAAAGGUGGACAAAGCUGUUGGUGUUGACACUUUGUUGUUUGCUGAUACGGUUCCAGUGGUUCAUGCACCAACUGGCCCUGUUAACAGAGAUUAUGAUGAUGUUAGGAGGUACGGUGAAGCAGCUGGAAAAGGAAUCAAAAGGGCAGUGAAGGCAGGAAGCCAGUCUCCCCUUCUGGUCACCAUGGCUGGAGAUUCUUUCCCUAAUGCAUGGUCUGUUUCAGCACUGGGAGCACUUCAUGCACUUUAUGUGCCACUUGAAUUGCGAGAAGCAUUUCCAGAAAAGAAGCAGAAAGUGAAGAAGCUUGGAGUGGCCCUGCUUGAUGAACGUAAAUGUGACCUGAAAUAUGUUAAAGCCAUAGAUUCUGGAAGGUAUGUGUGUCUAGAUAUUGGUGGAUCUGACCCAGAGAGGAUGGCAGCCCCUCGCGUCGAGGAGUACAUUCAGGAAUUAUUUGGUGGCUCAACUGCUGUCAGUGUGACAGUUGUUAAAGAUGCCACCGAGUUUAAAGCAAAGUAUCCACUGUAUGAAGCUGUCAAUAGAUGUGCCAGAGUUGUUGAUAGACAUACUGGCAGAAUCAUCAAUCUGGAAUAUGUUGGAGAGGGAGAGAUCGAAAAAACUCUCCUUUUAGUUGGAAAGGGUGUUACAUAUGACACUGGUGGUGCUGAUGUUAAAGCGGGCGGAGUAAUGGCUGGAAUGAGCAGGGACAAGUGUGGUGCAGCAGCUGUGGCAGGGUUCUUUCAGACUCUGGCCAUGCUGAAGCCAAAAGGAAUAAAAGUGCUGGGUACAAUGGCCAUGGUGCGCAACAGUAUAGGAGGAGAGGGUUACGUUGCUGAUGAAAUAAUUACAUCUGCUGCUGGUACCAGGGUGAGAGUCGGAAACACUGAUGCUGAAGGCCGUAUGGCCAUGGCUGAUUCUCUUCAUUACAUGAAACUGAAGGCUCUUGAAGAGAAGGUUCCUACUCAGAUUGUAACCAUUGCCACUCUUACUGGCCAUGCUGUCAUUGCUAUGGGCCCUGCCUACUCGAUUGUCCUUGACAAUGGACCAGCAGCUCGCACAAAGUUUGCUCAAAAUGUCCAAAAAGCUGGGCACGACAUGGGUGAUCCGUUUGAAAUUUCAACAAUUCGGAGAGAAGACUAUGAGUUUGCAAAGGCCAAAUCAGAGUAUGCAGAUGUAUUGCAGUGUAACAGCUCUCCCUCCAGCCGCACCCCGAGAGGACAUCAGUUCCCUGCAGCGUUCCUCAUCCGAGCAUCAGGAUUGGAUAAGCAUGGUAUUGACUCAGACAAGCCACUUUGCUACUCACACUUUGACAUCGCUGGAUCAAGUGGCGAUUUCCCACAAGUACCAACUGGUGCCCCUGUGGUUGCCAUGGCGGAACACUUCUUGAAAGACCACUGCUAAAUGGAUCAUAAGCUCACAACACAAUCUUACCUUGUUAGAGUUAAAACACUGAGAUAAUGUCAAGCUUUUUAUAGCUGAUAGCUUUUGUUUUUGCUUUGCUGAAAUUCUGAUUAUUUGUAGGUAAGGACAGCCGGGGGACAAUAGAGCUAGAGGCUAAAGGAGUCGCCUUAGCAUUUGUUAUGAUCCAAAACUGAGGCUUAGAGCACCAUUUUUCUAACAAUUGUACGUGAACUGUUUAAGACUGGCCUGUGAAACGAACUGUCUGGUCUACGUUAAACCUACAACUCACUUAUGACUUUCCUGACAAAGUCUUGCUCAUAUAAAAGUAACCCAAUUAGUUGUAACAUCUUUCAAGUCACGUAAGACAGUCGCGAUGAAAAGUCGCACCGUCGAAAUCCACUCUUAGACAUCACCAAAUGAUAAAUGUUGGUGGAGCGUCGAAUGAUAACUGCACAAAAGCAAAGGCAAAUUAAAGAUUUGAGCGAUGACAACUUAAUUUUUUUUUCAUGGAGUGAUAGGGUAAGUGGGGACAAAGAACUCACAAAAUCAUAUUUGCAGAUGCAAAAUAAAAAAAGCGCGACAGAAUUUGAUACUAAUAAAUGGCUAGGCUUAUCAGAAGUAUUUCUAGAUAGUUAAUGAAAAGAUUGGUGCUACUGUAGGAAAUUCAAUAAAGGAUAUUCUUAGUCUUA